CUGAUUUGCAAAGUUGGCACUAUUGCCUAAAAUAAUUUGGUGCGGCAGUCCUGCGCUCAUUUCUCUCACAAUUUAAAACGCAUAUUUAAUAUUCUCUAUUUAAAAAUAAUUCUCCAGCGCUAUGAGCAUUCCAAAGGAACUGGAGGGCAAGGUGGUGUCGGAGAACGAGGCUGUGAAGCCGGUGUCCUGGCUGGUGGGCCGGUGGCGCAGCGAGGCCGGCCGCGGCUCCUUCCCCACCAUUCCCACCUUCGAGUUCGCUGAGGAACUCGAGUUUUUCGUGCUGGGACAGCAGCCGCUGCUCAACUACACGGCCUUUUCCUUCAAGCCCGGACCGGACGUGCCGAUGCACUGCGAAAAGGGCUUCCUCCGCAUCAAGCCGGGCACCAAUUCCCUCUCUUUCAUGGUCGCACACAAUUUGGGGUUGACGGUGCUCGAGGAAGGAGAGGUGCACGGCAACGAAAUCAAACUCGAGAGCAAGAACAUUGGAAGAAUGUCGUUUGCAAAAGACCCUCAAGUUACGAAGCUGACACGGCAGCUAAAACUAAACGGCGACGUUCUGGAACAAAUUGUCCACAUGGAGACGACUAACACCCCGCUGACCGAGCACCUCGUGACCAAAUACAGAAAGAUUUAGCGAAGGAAUGUUAAUAAAGAGUAAUUUUUUUAAUUUCAAUUCAUA